AUGGCCCCCAAGAUCGCCAAGGCGACACAGGCCAAGAGGAAGGGCGGCGGCCCUCACGUACACGCCACCCCGCCUCCCAAGAAGGCCAAGGCGGAGCUCCCCCCGGACAGCGCCUUGGUCGACGUGCACUUCGCCCAGAGCGCCGGGAAAACCAAAAAGGCCACUGGCAAAGGCUCCAGCCCCGCUCUCGAGCAGAAGGUCGCGAAGUGCAUCCAGGAUAACUUCAAAGGUUGGGAGACCGCCAGAAUCGACACCACCCUGAGGAACAACGUGACCUUGCGCGAGCAGAUCACCCGCGACAAGCAGGCGGUGAUGGAGGGCAGAGAGAAGAUCACGUUUGGAAAGUACUACUUCUUGCGCCUGAAGUCCUUGUAUGGGUCGUCGGAGGCCGCCCAGAUGCUCAACGACGCGUUGGCUGGGUUGCACGAGAAGAAGAGGGACUACGACGGCAUCAGCUUGCUCUUGGAGACCAUGGGCGAGGUAAACCAGAAUAGUCUCGUUGCCAUCCUGAGGGCAACCUUGGACGUCAAUUCGUCGGGGACGGUGGGCCGGACAGAGUUCGUUCUUGCCGUCGUGGACUACCUGAAGCGGACCGGCGUGGACGUCAAGUACGAGGCGGAGGUGAAAGUCAUGAAGAAGCACUUCGAGAAAACCCUCAUGAAAUCUCUGGCGUUCGUGGACAACGACCUGACUCCUCGCGAGUGGUGCGACAGGCACGGUGCAGUUGCUUCCCUCGUCCUCCCGGCCGAGGCUUUGCGAGCUUGCAUGUCUUGCAAGAAGAAGUGGGCGGACGUGAAGGAGGAGCUGAACCAGCUCUUGCGGCACGGCCACGACCUGGCCCAGCAGCUCUUUGCGCCGGGCUACCAGGAGUUGGCGGAGGGGGACGUGGGGUCCUUGAUCGACACUUCCAUGAGGGCCUUGCUCGCCGUCAACCCGAUAACGAAGCAGGCGAUCGCGCAGGAGAAGGAGCGCUUCAUCCAGUCCGUGACGAGUAUCGGCAAAGAUCCCGUCGACGUGCACGAGCCCAGGGAUAUUGCCUAUAGGUACCGCCGCGAGGACGUCAAAACCAAGAGCACGAGCAUCUUGGACGAGUGGAACGUGAGGGUUGACGCCAUGAAGAAGACCAUCGGGGUCGAGACCGAGGUGUUGCCGAACAUCUUCUGCGAGAAGGACCUGGCGCCGAAGGAUGUGUCCUACCCUGGGGCGACUGUCGCCGCCGAUGCCGUGGCAGACUCCAAAUUGGCCAGGAACGCGUGCAUGAAGUACCUCGCCGACGUGGAGAACCCCACUGCCCAGCAGAUCUCCGACGUGUUCAAGACCCACGGGAAGUUCCUGAAGUCCGUCGACAAAUAUAUUGACAGGGUGGAGAAGCCUUACUUGGAGCGCUUCAUGGGGGAGCCGGCCGAGGAACGGUUCAAGCAGAGCAUCCUCGCGUGCGUUGACAUUGAGGCUUACCCGAGUCUGGCAGAGUCCGCGGUGGCGUUGACGUCGCUGGGCACUUCCAAGUUGGCGUCGUGGUGCGGGUUGGGGGCCUUGAAGAUUCAGCAGAACACCCUCGAGUACGUGAAGGCGAUGAAGAAUGGCCGCCCGCCGAAGCUCGACCUGGGGGCCAACGCGGGCAUCGAAACCAAGAUUCGCGACGCUUUGGCUUUGUUCUGCGACGCCCCGGGGGCGCCGGAGGAGGGGCAGCCAGCUACUACCCUGCGCGGGAAAGACGCCGCUCUGGCCAUAUAUGCCGACGUGAAGUCCAAGGCGGACAAGAACGAGCAGGUGAACAUGAAGACGCUGAAGCCGCUGCUGGUGCACGGGUGGCUGCUGGGCCCCGAGGAGGCGUCGAACGUGGAGGAGUGGAGGAAGAAGGUGUGCCCCCAGAGCAUGGCCAAGAGUGGGCAGGCCUCAGGCUCCAAGAGCUCGGGCUCGCAGGCGGACUCGAAGAAAUGCAUGGCAAACUUGUUCAAAAAGUGGUAG